AUGCUGAAUCAAGAGCAAAAGGGGGAAAUUGACAUGUCGGAGAUCGACUUGCCAGAUACAAGGCUCGUCAGAAGAUGUACGAGCAAACCAAGGAGAUAUUACGGAGGAGUUCAACAUGAAGCUGUCCGGUCAAUCUCUCACUGCUUUUCCUUCCUGCGGUUGACCGCCUUCCUUGAAUUGAAGGAGAAAGAGAAUGAGAAGCUGAAAAGGGCUUGGGAUAAAGUCCAGAAGGCCCAAGACGUCGUUACUGGUAGGGGUGUUCAAAUCCGGCGCACCUAUUUCGAAACUCAGAUUAAUACGCUAUCCAACAAGGCUGAGCGGCAAGCUGAGGAUCUAGUCAAGAUAGGCAAGGCUCUUGAACAAGAGACUUUGGCCAGGGAGACAAUAAGGCAGGAGAGAGAUGCGUCUGUCCAGAACGGCCAGCGCUGGAAGGAGGGGUUCGAGGCCUUCGAAAAGCUGAAGGGAGACGUGGCCCUUGCACAAAAGAAUCUCAAGAAGGCCUUGGAUGAGGUGGACUCUCUCCAGGCCGAGGUGGAGACUUUAAAGAAGUCCAUUGCGGACUUAGAAGAGCAGCUAAAAGCACCUCGGCCACCUAGUGCAGAGGAGGUCGUCCGAAUUGAGCACAACACCGAGGAGAGGUUGAAGAGCCACUUCUUCGAGGCGUACGAGCUAAUGGUGGAUGAGGGGGAAGCCGCCUACUAUCAGGAGCGAUUCACCAAGCGUUUUAACUUCGUCUGCCUCGGGGAAGAGGCUAAGAAGGCCAAUCAGCCUUCUCCCGAACUGGUCGUUACACCGGCCACCUCGGACGAUGAGGAAGAAGAGGAAGAGGCUGACGAAGCCGAGGGCGAAGAGGAAAACAAGGAAGAGCCUGUUGAUGGUGCGUCCGCUCUUGUCUCCGAGGAGCCUGUCCAGGACAAAGAUUCGGCUAAAUAG